UUCCCUCUACGUCCGCUCCCGCUCGCUCUUCAUCCAUUCAGCGAACGUUCCCAGCCGCAGAGGGACGCUUAAUUAACAGAUACCUUUCUCCCCUCUUUUGCCAGACUACCGCUGGACGCUGACCGCUUUACAGCAUUUACACCAAUCUGACGUACACUUCCAGUUUGCACCCAGAAGGAUGACAAAAUUAUGUCAUAAUAUCUUCAUAUGAAAGGAGAAUGUAACCAUCUAGCGACUCCACCUGGCCUCCCUUCACUGAAGCCCCAUGAAGGAUGCUACUGAACAGUGAGAAUCCCAUAAACUUAUCAUCAUUGCUGCUUGGAGAGUGCUUCUCAACAGUAUAUAAUGAGCGAGGACUCAUCAACGUCGACAUCGAUAUCAGAAGACGAGUUAUCAAGUUCAUCACCACCGCCUUCAACGAAUCCAUCACGUAGUAAAUCCCGUCCACGUCCGAGUUCACGUUCACCUGGAUCACGCUCUAGAGACGGUUCUCGACGUUCAGUCUCAUCUUCAAGGGAAGAAUCGAGGAGAUCGAGUAAUGAGAUGAGCAUUCGUAGAUCAAAAGGAAAUAAAGAAGAUUUAAGCAAAACGACGGACGACAAUACGUCUUCUGCGCCAAGCGACGACGAGGGGAGCACCAUGCCAGACAAAAAGGAGGAAAAUACGAAGGCGACAGCGGAUAUGGGGGGUUCAAGCGUAGAGAAGGAAUCUAGCCAAACCCUAGCUACCUCAAGCGCUCCAUCUCCUCCCGCCACCGCCUCUGUACCCACAUCCACUGCCGUAUCGGAACCAUCCGAGCCAGCUGAUGCCUACGGCACCGCGCUCCUCUCCUUCUCUACUUCCGCUCAAACCCUCUCCUCCAUCGAUCCCUUCUUUACCAUCCCUGAACCGGAAACAGGGAAACGGUAUCAGGAGAUGUUUGAUAGAGCGCGAAAAGAUGCGGAUGAGGUGUAUAAAAAGUUGCUGGAUUAUUUGGAUAAGAGGGCUAAUGGGGAGGGGGGUAUAGAAGGAGAGAAGGGAGGAAAGGGGGAGGGGAAAGGAGAGGAGGAGGAGAAAGUGGCGAAGAGCAAGGCAUCUACUGCACAACCAUCACCACCCUCCUCGGAACCUCCAAACUUGGAUGCGACAAGUGUUCCGCCCACUGAUAUCAAAACCGAGACCACUACAUGUGCACCUUCUGCCCCUCCCUCCUCUCCUUCUGCCGAUAAUAAAACCACAUAGGAGAAGGUUGAAAAGAAGGACAGCGUUAAACAAGAAAUCGCUGACAAGGCUAAAUCCGAAGAUACAACCGUCGCCGCACUUGCAGCACCUGCAGAACCUACAGCAUCAUCAAUUGAUGGAGAGGAAAAGGAAGAAAAAGCAGAGAGCAAAGAGAAGAAGUGAAUGAAUUUGCACUUCAACUGUGGAUCAACUUUUCAGAAACGAGACCGUUCGUCUAUCAGAUAUCUCUGCACGCGUUCACACAUCCCAUUGAAGGUGAUUUUUCACAUAGAAGAGUGAGAUGCAUUUAUAUGCAACUGUGC